UAAGUAGAAACAAAAAUAUAUAAAGUUCGUAGAAUUAACGAACAUUUUUCGAUCGAUUUAUUUUCAUGUUAACAUAUGGUCUUCUCUUGCUUCGAUCAAAUAUACUUCUACAUUUUUAUAUAUGUUUACAAUAUAAAAUGUACAUUAACCCGAUUGUUAAACAACGUUCGAGAGAUUUAUAGUUUAAGAAGCGUACACACCGAUGAUAUCACACAGGCGCAUAAUGAGAAGUGUUUUUCUAUUACCUUUGUAGUUCGUAUUUUGUCCAUAACUGUCGCUGAAGUCGAUUACACUGCGAAGAAAAAGGUGAUAAGCAGCAUUAAGAAGAAAUUCAUAAUCUCGAUAUUUCUAUUGUAGAAUUUAAUUGAAUGUGCUCCUUUUAGAAAUCUCGUGAAGAAAAAUAAAAAGCUUUUGGAAUUUAUUACUAAAUCGUAUUAUAGGAAAAAGUGAACGAAUAGAAAUUUGCUUUUUGUUGCGAACAUGGAAACUAAACAAAAUGCAAUGGUUUAUUAAAUAUAUUUUAUAGUUGGUUAAAUUGGUUGAUUAUAAACACCGGUACUAUAUUCUAAUUUUGGAAUUAUUGUGGAUCCGACUAAUGUUAAUGACAGAUUUAUCAAAUAUUAUUGACCUAAUAUAUAUUAUGCAUGUAUGAUCAAAAUAUAUGUAAUCUUCAUAGAAACUUGUUAAACGCGUAUUAAUCAAAAACAAUCAUUUGUUAUGUCAACCUCAACGAGUAAUAUGGAAAAAUCACAUUUAUCUGAUGAACAUGUAUUUGUUGUUCCAAGUAGAGCUAUUAAAGUUCCAAUUGAUAUGUCCGUUUGGGAAAAAUCAGAAGCAUAUUUUGAAUAUCUAGGAUUUAUAUUAGCACUAAAUAAAUCUAUAGAAGGGAAACCAUUAGAUUCCAAAUGUGAACAAUCUCCUACAGUAGAAAAUAUUUUGAAAAUGCUUAAUAAUUUAGAUGAAUGGAUAACGCAAAUACCACCAACCGAACAACCUCAACGAUUUGGAAAUAAAUCAUUUCGAACUUGGCAUGCAAAAUUGCAAGAGAAAGGUAUAGAGGAAUUACAGGAAGCAUUACCAGAAGAAUUAUAUAGAGCUAUACCCGAAAUAAUUCAGUAUUUAUAUGAAAGUUUUGGAAACGCAACACGUAUAGAUUAUGGAACAGGACAUGAAAUGGCAUUUCUAAUGUUUUUAUGUUGUUUGUUUAAAAUUAGAGCUUUUACAGAAAAUGACAAAGUUGCUGUUGCUAUAAAAGUAUUCAACAGAUAUUUACUGUUAGUACGUAGACUCCAAAUUACAUAUCGUAUGGAGCCUGCAGGUAGUCAUGGUGUUUGGAGUUUGGAUGAUUAUCAAUUUGUACCUUUCAUAUGGGGAAGUUCUCAAUUGAUUGGCCAUCCACGUAUCGAACCUCGUCACUUUAUAGAUCAAGAUGUUAUUGAAUUGCAUGCAAAACAGUACAUGUUUCUUGGAUGCAUAGAGUUUAUUUCAAAGGUUAAGAUAGGACCAUUCGCAGAACAUUCAAAUCAAUUGUGGAAUGUGAGUGCAGUUGAUUCGUGGGCAAAAGUAAAUAACGGACUUAUUAGGAUGUAUAAAGUGGAGGUACUAUCAAAGUUUCCUGUAAUUCAACAUGUUUUAUUUGGAUCAUUAUUACCAAUAAAACCAGCUGUUGUUUGCCCCACUGUCAGAGGUGUUUGCUUGAAUUUACCGGUACAACCACCAUCGCAAAUACAUUAAUAACAGCUUAAUACAUUUUAUGAAUUAGUACAUUUGCUCCUUCAUUUAUAUAUUAUCUAUAAAAGUAAUAUAAACUGACCUUGUAUCAUACGAUGGUAUUUAGGCCUAGGCUUUCUUGAAAAUUUAUAGCCAGAAAUAUCACUUGGCAAUAAAUUUUUGAAUUUUUAAAUGAAGGCAACAGAAUUUUAACUUUUAAGUGAAAUAUUUAAAUAAAUAUGUCUUACUGUUACAUAAAUAAUUAAUAGACAAUUAUUCUUAUAUAUUAUUGUAUAUGAACUUAAUAACUUUAUGAAUAAAAUAGUUUUACUGUAAUAUGAA